CUUAUGAAAAAUCUCCUUAGUAAAAAUCAUCAAAAUAACCAACAUAUAAGUUUGCUUUAUCAAGAAAUAAAUUCGAUAAAAGUACAUAUUAAACAAUUAACAGAAUUACCGAUUUCCGAACUUAAGUGUGAUAAUCAAAUUUAUGCACAAAGAAUAGAUCCGUGCAAGUUGCAUGAUCCAUCACAUGGAAAUCGUUCGGAUCGUCGCGGAAAAUCCAAACAAAUC